AUGGCGGCGGCAAAUGGCGAAAGAAAGUCGAUAAUGCAGGUACUUCCUGUCGAAAUCCUCCUAAUCAUCUGCGAUGUCAUGCCUCAGCCGAGCCUGUGCAACUUCCGUAGAACAUGUCGCUCUGCUGCAUCAAUAGGAGAGAAGCCUCUGGUGGGAUCUUUACAUGUAAUGUUUAGCUACAAGUCCUUCCAGAACCUCCUCAAUAUCUCGCACCAUGUGUCUUUGCGCCGAUACGUCACAAGCAUAUUCUACGAAGUGCGCUUCCUGGAAGAAGUAAUGUUUACAGAGUUCAGGUCAAACGUACUGGAGAUUGAAGAGCUAGGAGGCCGUACCCCGAUGGACAAUGAAGAGAUUAUCGCAAAUGCUUGGAAAUCAUACAAGCCUUUGCUGGACACGCAAAUGCAUAUGAAGAGGACCAACUACGAUUUUGCGGUUUUAGCGCAAGCUUUACCUAGGUUUCCUAUCUUGAGGAAAAUCGAGAUGAGCUCGGAAUAUGGGUGUCCGUCCCAGACUAUGGCGAAAGCAUACGAGGCUACUAUGGCCAUACCAGGCUUGAUGAUGGAUGGAGGAGAAAUCAGCGAUGAUGAGGAAACAGGAACAAGAAGUCUAGGAUCGCUUCUUCUCGCAGCGGCAACUCUGCCCACUCCCCUUGAAACGCUAAGUGCGCAUCGAAUCCACUGGUCAUUCUUCAAUGAUUCGCCGCUCGAUCUUCACUUUGGAGCUUUCACGUACCUGCGACACAUUGACUUAGUCCUGGAGCCAGAUUACGAUGAUUGGUCCGAACAGGAUGUUGUGAAAGCAAGACAUGUACAAUUGGGAAAAGCAUUGAGAUCCGCGAAAGGACUGGAGACACUCCGACUGACGUUCGAUGAUGCCGACACCGUCCCUAAGGCUGUACUUUUGCAACGCCUUAUGAACGUCCCUGUGGUCUGGGAACGCAUCUCAGAGGGCAUGACCUGGCCAUGUCUUCAUACUUUAGAGCUUACCGUCGUAACGACCAGCGAAGCCGGAAUCAGUGAUUUCCUCAGACGGCAUUCCAGCACAUUGAAAGUCAUCAAAUGGCACAACAUGUGGUUAGCGGGUAGUGCCUUGGGAUGGAACAGGAUCUUCAGACGCAUGAAGAAGCACAUGGCGCUCAAGGUAGUAGUGUUUGGUGGUAUCUGGGGAGGAGACAGCAAUUCUUCAACGGAGCCAAAGCUGCUGAAAAUGGAGGACGAGGUGGGAUCUCGGGUUGCCGCUUCCAUCGUCAGAGGUCGUGAGAGUAGGAACAAGUUUAAAGCCGUGGAAGGACCGGUUGCAAGACUGGAUUCGCCGUUGCAGCCAUUUGCUGACGAUGCUUCCACAUAG